CUUUGACAAGUGGACGUCCAUUACACGUCGACCACAACGGCUUCUUGGUAGCAUCGACGGCCGCGAAACCCCAAAGAUUUAUAAUUUUGCUCUUCUCGCUGCUCCCGAGGCAAGAUGCUGGCAGACAGCGGCGCCGACUUUCUCGAUGCGCGGGUCCGCCACGAGAAGAAGAUGAUUACAUAUCGUGUCAUGUCCCGCGAGCGUCGGAUACACAUUUUCGAGGCCAAAAAGCAAAUGCAGGAUUUUUUCGCAAAAGCAGCGCAAUCAUCAGAGCCCGUACAUGCAACAUUCAUCAUCAAAGGUCGUCUACCCGCGGGCCAGACCAGUGCUGGCUCACGGAAGACCAGCGCAAAGAAGCGCAAACACCAGGAUGCAAAUCCUGAAUCAAGUGUUGGUGGUGGCUGCGGCGGCGGUGGCGGUCAUGCCGGCGCCAAUGACUCCGCGGAUGGAGGCGCUGCUAUGCUAGUCGAUGGGGCCGAGGAUACGCAAAUCACUUCGAGUGCACAAGUGACAUUGCAGGGACGAUCGGAUGAGCUACAGGAAGCCAGUGUCCCCAUCAGCGUGACUCUCCUCGUCAGCGAUGAAAAGCUGGAAGAGGCCAAAGCGCGUUUUGAAACCAUCACAAGCGUGCACAUCUAUUCUUUACAGGCCGGCGCCGUCAAGGCGGUCAGUACGAGCCCAGGCAUCGUCUCGACGCAGACCGACCUUCACUCCAACCCGACGUACGCGCGAGCAUGGGAGGCAGCGGAUCGGGGCAGCAAGCUGGGCGUGAUGCACAAUUCCCAGGUGGAAGAUAUACUCGACGAGCGGGUCAAGGCGCGCCUGUUGAAAGGUGCCGAUGCCACCAAAGCUGCAGUAUAUGGCUCAGCGGCAGCCGUGGCAGCCGCAAGUGUCAACAAGGACGCACCGCCAGCUAUGGCGUCCAAGACGGGCAACAUCGCGCUCAAGGGUGCGGGUACGUCAGCCGAGGGUAGCGAGCCGGCAGCGCCAUCAAUGCGAAAGAAGGGGACGCUUGAUUUUUCAAAAGCGGCCCCACCCAAGAAGAAGGAAACCCCGCCGCCACCCGCUGUGAAAAAGUCGGCGGCCGAGAAGGAGAGGGGGCAGAGUCGUAAGGGCAACGCGCGCCUUAUCUCAUCGGAUGAAGACGAUGACGGCAGCGAAUUGGAAGAAGCGCCUCGAGCAGGCGGCGGCGACGAGGAGGAGGAUGAAGAGGACGAUACGGAUAUGGGUCCGAUCGGCUAUGCAGAUGACGACAUCGACGACGUCGCGGUUGCAGGGAAAGCGGCCAGAAAACGCACAGAAGCGCCAUGUGCUCCAAUGAAUGCGAUAAAGGGCAAAGGCAACGCCGCCAAGACGAAGGAGAAAGACCAGCGGGAGCGUGAGAAGGCGGCCCUACUUGCGAUGAUGGAUUCGGAUGAGGACGACGCUGGUAAAGCCGGAGCGGAUGGAGAACCGGUUGUUGCGGCUGCUAGCAAGGCGAGCACGAGCGUAAUGCGCGGAAACGCGGACGCAGAGGAGCGGAAAAGCUCACGAGAAAAGCGUCGCGUCCGCAAGCAGCGGAUGGUCAAGAAGAAGGAGAAAACAAAAGAUGCCAAGGGCAGGACGGUCGUGCGCAACGUGGAAACGUACGAGUCGUACAGCUCGUGGGAGAGUGACUCGGACAACGGCGCAAAGAGCAUGAGCAACAAGCGUAAGGCUGCCGGUGCCAGCAGCAGUAGCGGUCACAGAGGUAGUAAAAGCAAAGGGGUGGAGGAUGGCAAAGCGGACAAAGCGAAGGACACGAAGCCUUUUGCACCUGCACCCACAUCGGCACCCGCACCAGCACCAGCAGCGCCACCCAGCAAGCCCAAAGCGCCAGCUCCCGUUCCCGCUCCUGCUUCAGCUUCUGCUGCUGGCAGGAAGCAAAGCGGAGGUGGCGCAGAUGCCGCGGGGGGAACUGGUUCCAACAACAACAGUAACAAGCCGGGACAGCAGAGUCUGAUGAGCUUUUUCGGCAAGCAGAAGAAGGCGUGAUGCAUCGUAUUACACUCCACCGCAUGCGAUCAUGUCGCAGUACCAUAUGUACAUGUAGUCGAUUGCGUGCUGUUCAGACGCUCGCGCAGUUCGAUGCAGUCUAUCAACCCUCGCUUGACUCGUGAUGCCUCCCUGG